AUGACGGACGCAUCAGGGGAGUUGGCGAAGGUGGAGCGGCGAAGAAGGAAGGUGGAGGAAGAAUUGGAUAGUAUCAGGAGGAUAGAAGACAGCAUCAGAGAGAGGCAGAUACGUUACCUGGAGGGCCGUGAAACACCCGACGUAGAGACGCGAAUGGACGAAGUUGCAUUGAACCGUGGCCGGAUUUUGACGGAUGCACUGAGUCUAUUUGGGGGAACUAAAGUGAAUUUUGAACAGAGCAAGGUCGCGCGUAUAUUUAAGCGCUCUGAAAAAGUCAUCACAAAGGACGCCAUCGGCAUCCUCUUCAAGUGGUUAGACAACGCGGACGAAGCAGCAGCAGUGAGCUCGAGGAGCGCGAACCUGAACACGAUCUUGGGUACGCUGGCUGUCAUGAGCGGGCUCCGGAAGCAUAAGUGGGUUGAAUUAGCGGAGCUUGGACAGCAAGUUUAUGAAUCCACACCUCGAAGAAGAGAGCGGGAUGAAGAUAUUCCAGUUGAAGAACGAAACAAGUUCCUCAAACUCGUCGACGACUACCUGGUCAUCCUCGAGAGACUGCGGCGACUUCACUGGAAGGAAGUCGAAUACCUCGACGACUUCGGGCUCCAGUUGCAAAAUGGCAGUUUUCCCGACACUGAUGAGCUGCAAGAUUACAUGUACACCGUUCUGCUUGACCGCGUUAAAACAUUCGCGGGUCGGUACGGAUUCCACAACAGAAGUAUCACGCUGCUCGACCAGUAUCGGCGCUACUAUGUCGACUUCAGGGCCUCACCUCACAAGUGGGACACCACGGAUGCCUGGGAGCGGCUGAAGACGUCGACGUCCGAAUAUGACAACUAUAAGGCGUUCCUCUUCACGGAGGAGCUGGACAAAGGAGUGACUGCGGGAAUGUGGCCGAGUCAUGCGAUUGCAUUGUUUCUGUACUGA